CCCCGCACAUGCGCAUUGGAUGCAGGAAGAGGCCCAGCUGGAGCACUUGCAACAGAAGUUGUGGCAAAAGCGCUGGAGCCGUCCCACCUCCCCAGCGAAUGGCUGGAGGCGGAAACAAACUGCUCAAUGAAUGAAUGGCCGAGGCUGAGGGCGAAAACCUUCAGAAGCAAAUCGAUGAGAUAGAAGCACUGUCGUCGAUCUACGAAGACGAAUGGUGUGUCAUUGACGAGGCUUCAAGAAUAUUUUGUAUUAGGAUUGUGGAUGAAUUAGAUCACCCCAAAUGGACAAUUUGUUUGCAGGUGAUACUUCCUCCUGAAUACCCAAUAGCUGCACCGCCUGUCUAUCAGUUAAAUGCUCCAUGGCUGAGAGGACAGGAACGCAUAUCUCUUUCAAACAGCUUGGAGGAAAUCUAUCUGGAGAAUUCGGGAGAAUGUAUUCUCUUCCUCUGGGUGGGAAAGAUUCGAGAUUUUCUCUUGCUGAAAUCACAGUCCGCUGAUACAGUUCCAGAAAUACAGAAAACAACAGAAGAGAUUGAAGUGAAUUAUCAAGAUGAUUAUUUCAUUGCCUGCCAACUACCUGAUCAGCAAGUUACAGUGAAUGUGGCUUUUCCUGAAAGCUCAGAAGAUGAGCAGCUUCCACCAAUAAUCCAUGGGGAACCAAUCACAGAUCGGAGGAGUACGUUUCAGGCACACCUUGCUCCUGUAGUAACACCUAACCAGGUGAAACUGCUUCUUCAGGAACUUUAUCAGAACAAAAAGAUUGCAAAUGCCACGCACAACAUCUACGCUUACAGGAUAUACUGCGAGGACAAACAAACCUUCCUGCAAGACUGUGAAGAUGAUGGAGAAACAGCAGCUGGUGGACGUCUUCUACAUCUGCUUCAGAUAUUAGAUGCUCGCAAUGUGUUGGUGGUAGUUUCCCGGUGGUACGGAGGUAUCUUACUUGGCCCUGAUCGCUUUAAACACAUCAAUAACUGCGCAAGAAAUGUACUUGUUGAUGAAGGCUACACCGAGUUGGCGUGCGAGGGUCAAAGGACAUCGAUAAAGAGAAAAAAGCAGAAGAACAAGAAAGGAAAGUGACCAAAGGAAAGGACACGGAUAUUUUAGACUUAAUGAGUGUAUGCGAGAGUGUUUAAAUAUGUCGAUCAGCCCCAAUCAUUUCACAUCGACGAACAAAUGAAAAUGGAACAACAAGAUUAAACAAAGCUGAAUCCA